AUGCCCGUCGAGAACGCUCAAACCACGGGGCCUACUUAUGUGCAGGCGAAUUUACCGACCCCAUUUCCAUCUGGACCACUAAGCUACGAUGGCGAAUUUUGGGACCCAGGUAUACUUUCGGCCUCCAACUGGCUAGACAACGUCGUGGACCUUGACUUUCAGGGUGUGUCUCCACAAUUCGACUUCUAUGGCAUUUCACCGCAUAACUGGAACCCUGGCCUCUCUGGACAAGCGCCUAACGAGCCUGUAAGCAAUCACAUGCAACACAGCGCAAUAUCACCUGUAGCUGUCGCAUCUACUGUUUCGGGACAAUCGGGCCAUUCUGAAAGCGCAGCAGAUGUCUGUGCUGCGCAAGAAGAGUCCGAAGUCCGUCAGGGCGAAUACUAUGUCGAUGGAGAACCAGCGAGACUUCCAAGGACCAAACGUAGACGACUGUCAUCCAGACUGCCAGCUAGGACAAAUCAACAGCAGUCACAGGCUACGUUCUCCCUGCAAAGCCCUUCGAGUGACUCAUUCGAAAACAAGCACCGAGUUGCAAUAUCUUCUCGCACAUAUGAGCAGAUUCUUAAGGCUUGGCGGAGCGUCUGCCUUACCAGUCUAAGCCCAUGGCCGGCUUUCGAAGCAUCAGAUCCACCAACGAAAGAGCUAUUCGAGCACUUACUUGGACUUUACUUUGUAUCGUUCCAACCGACCCUGCCAUUUGUACACGUUGCAAGCUUCAACCCUGAAACGACAAAUUGGAUCCUAAUCCUUGCGAUGACUUCGGUCGGAGCCCAAUAUCUUGAAGCAGACGGAACUUCAACACUGGCCAACUCCUUGCACGAGUUCUGCAGAAGGUGUCUAUUCUAUCAAAAGGAAGUUCAAGAUUGGUCACCAAUGGACGUAUUCCAGCUUUCGCAGAGCCGUUUGCUCAACUACAUUGGCCUCACGUACUCUGGGGACACUCGCCUUCACAAGGCCGGACUAGAGAUGCAGCAUAUUCUGAGAUCAUCAUUCGACGAGGUUGCGGACUCGUUAAAACAAAAGGCGGGACCUGUGUCAGAUGAGAGCGAGACUGGUUGGCUCGAAUGGUCCCAGCGUGAGGCAAUAAGGAGAGUGUCGUUCUCGCUGUUCCUAAUACUCAGCAUGGCAGCUUAUCACUUCCAACGUCGGCCUCUGAUUCAGCUGACCGAAUGCGAGCUGACACUACCCAGCCACGAGAAGCCGUGGAACGCUACGACUUGUGCAGACUGGCAGGCGGCAGUCCGACAACAUUCGCCCGCGCCAACGUUGGGCCAAGCUCUCCAAGAACUGUACAUUGAGAAGCGCAUCCCUCGAGACCGAGGCGAAUUUGCGCGGAUCAUCAUGAUCCAUGGGCUGUUCCACCGAACGUGGGACGUAUCAAGAUACUUCAGCAACCCUUUAUCUCAAUGGGAGCCAACAGCUAAAAAGCAAACCAGCUCUGAAGUCCUCCCUACGAGCCCUGUCUGGACUCCCGGCAUCACGACCUACAAUCGCUGGCAGAAUUCGGUCUGCGACUGCAUGGAUGUUCUGCACUGGCAGGCCAACGCUACGAUUGGUCAAGCGCAAGGCCUAGAACAUCCGACUGUUGGAUUCCUUCACCUCUCGAGAGUUGUGUUGCUAUCGCCAAUUGACUCUAUCGUGCGAUUUGCCGAAGCUGUGGCGAACCGCAGUGAUGUCACCGCCGUCUCCAAGGAUAAAGAAUUCAUACAGCGCUGGGCUGUGCAAGGGCAGUACAAAGCACGCUUGGCAGCUAUUCAUGCUGGGACAGUGUUCUGGCACAUCAGGCGAUACUCCACUGACGGCUUCUACGAAGCUACUGCUGUCGCGCUGGCGACACUCAUGCUCUGGGCUUUUGGCACCUUCUCCUCCAAGCAGACUAGUGGACAACAGACGGCACCACGCAGUCAAGAGCAGCAAAUUACUGCCGAUGCUGGAGAGAAAGGGCCGGAGACUACGGACGACGGCAGCGAUGACACAGUCUGCGGCAUCAUUCUCCUUGACCGUCCGACCGAUGACGAGCUUGUGCAGCAGUUUAUACGAAAAGGUCACACGAUGCGAGCCAAUAUCUCUGGCGUAGGUGAUCUCUACGGGCCUCGAGGACCGGAACGAGUGCUACAAGAGGGAUGCAAACUUCUCGGGAGUCUAAAGUGUUGGGGCACAAGUGACUUGUGGCUGGGCCUGCUCCAACGACUUGGACGGACGUCCAAGAAGUGA